AUGAACUGCCCUUCUCGCACUGACAAUUCGCUUGAUAAUCCAGGCUGGAACCAAAAUCCCCCGCUCCUAACUGCAGACCUUACGACUCGUCAAGACCUUAAUGGAAUAGCCAAUUCAAGGGAGCGUAGGGGCAAGCAAUUUGGUCCGAACGGGUCAGAGUUGAACCCUGUGGAGGAUGAAUUAUCUGGAAAUUUGGUACAGAACGCUGGGGGAUUGAAGUAUGUGAGUGGAGGGGUAGCCAGGCCUACAGUCGGAGAACGACAUGUAGGCUUGGGGGAGGAGGAUUUGAACAACGGAAGUGUUUUGAGCCCUUUGCUACAAAACCAGCAGCGCAACUCCUGUGACCUUGGUGCCAGGCAUCCGUGGAAUCGCAAGCCGCGCGACUUUGUCUCUCGCGUGGUUUUCGUUCUGCGGAAAUUUGGCCAUUUUAUCGGCCCUGGAUUUCUAAUUGCCGUCUCAUAUAUUGAUCCGGGCAACUACGCAACCGACGUUGCCGCUGGAGCGGACACAAAAUAUGCCCUUUUGUUCACUAUCCUCAUGUCCAAUGUCUUUGCGGUUUUUCUUCAGUCUUUAUGCAUUAAGCUUGGAAGUGUCACCGGGCUUAAUUUGGCUGAAAUGUGCAAGGCCCAUUUUCCCAAGUGGCUUACCAUUACGUUGUAUAUUUUUUCGGAGUCCGCUAUCAUUGCCACUGAUAUUGCCGAGGUCGUUGGCUCGGCAAUUUCGCUGAACUUACUUUUCAACAUACCUCUGGUUGCAGGUUGUGCCGUCACUCUUGUCGAUGUGAUGAUAAUUUUGGUUUUCUAUAAACCUCACGGAACUAUGAAAGCGCUGCGAGCAUUUGAAUUUUUUGUCAUGGCAUUGGUUCUCGGUGUCGUAGUCUGCUUCUGCAUCGAGUUGUCUAUGAUCAAAGAGACAAGUGUGGGAGAAAUCUUGAAGGGCUAUUUACCUUCGCCUGCUGUUGUUAAAGAUAACGGAUUGUACCUCAGCUGCGGUAUUUUAGGUGCGACUGUUAUGCCCCACUCCAUUUUCUUGGGAAGUGGUGUUGUACAGUCACGCCUCAAGCACUUUGAUAUCAACAGUGGUUACAUAGACCCUUCAGUUAAGUACGGCACUACUGAAGGCGAGAUCAAAUACCGGCCAUCUGUCAGCGCUAUUCGUGGCUGCCUCAAAUAUUCUAUUAUCGAAUUGGCACUUGCGCUUUUCACUUUUGCUUUGUUUGUGAACAGCGCUAUUCUUAUUGUUGCAGGAGCUUCUUUAUCUGGGUCAAACGCCAGUGAAGCGGAUUUAUUCGGGAUUUAUAAUCUGCUGUCCACCACCAUCUCUCCGGCGGCUGGAACUGUCUUUGCAAUCGCCCUGCUUCUGUCUGGAAUAUCUGCCGGCAUUGUCUGCACUAUCGCUGGCCAGAUGGUCAGCGAAGGGAUGCUUAAUUGGACUGUGGCUCCCUGGCUUCGGAGACUCAUCACUCGAUCCAUUAGCAUUAUUCCCAGUGUCAUCAUAGCCGCUGUGGUCGGCAAAGAAGGGUUAAAUGCUACAUUGACUGCAUCUCAGGUCGUACUCAGCGUCAUACUUCCCUUUGUCACUGCACCGCUCAUUUAUUUCACGUCCCGCGCACAGUUUAUGACUGUGUAUACUGGAACUGAUUCAGAUGGAGAGAACACCGACAACCAAGGAAUCUCCAUGGAGAACCAUUGGUUGGUCACAGUUUCUGGGGUUUUGAUAUGGAUUAUUAUCACCAUUUUGAACAUUGCCUUACUUGUCCUUGUGGCCAUGGGCAAAGCCUAA